UCGCGCAUGCGCAGUGAGAGCGGUCGCUUCAGGGUAGCAUGCAGUUGAGUUUGUUCAUUGCUCUUUGAAUUAAAAACAUUAUAAUCUAAUUGUAUCAUAUCGUUGUAAUUAUUAUAAAUAUUAUAUCGCAGCUAUAUAAAGUCUUUUAUAAGAAGAAGAAGGAAGAAAUACAAAGCGGAAUGAAUCAGUUUGAACAUUUAAAGGAGGAAGACUGUGGUGAGGAGGAGGAGAUGAAGGACAGUAAUGAGAGCGACGGUGGAUCAAUCAACAACAACAACAACAACAUCAGACGCAAGACGGUGACCCCCGGCGCAGGCGAGCAUCCGCUGCAGUAUAACUACACGUUCUGGUAUUCGCGCCGGACCCCCAGCAGACCUGCUAACACACAGAGCUACGAGCAGAACAUCAGACAGAUGGGGACGGUGGCGUCGGUGGAGCAGUUCUGGAAGCUCUACAGUCACCUGGUGCGACCCGGAGACCUGACGGGACACAGCGACUUCCACCUCUUCAAAGAGGGAAUCAAACCUAUGUGGGAGGACGAGGCCAAUAAGAACGGAGGGAAGUGGAUCAUCCGGCUGAGGAAGGGUCUGGCGUCUCGUUUCUGGGAGAACAUCAUCCUGGCCAUGCUGGGCGAGCAGUUCAUGGUGGGAGAGGAGAUCUGCGGGGUCGUGGUGUCCAUCCGCUUCCAGGAGGAUAUUCUGUCCAUCUGGAAUAAAACGGCAAAUGAUCAGGUGACCACGUCACGGAUACGAGACACACUGCGGCGCGUGCUCAACCUGCCGCCGAACACCAUCAUGGAGUACAAGACACACAACGACAGCCUCAAAGAUAACUCCAGCUUCAGGAACACCAAGAUCGCUUUGUGAAAACCUGGAAACAAUAUUCAUACGGACACUUUCCCCUUUACACCAGCAGCAGCCGGUGCUUCAGACGGACUGUGUGUGUGUGUGUGUGUGUGUGUGAGAGAGACUGUGUGUGUGAGGACAUCAUCCCGUAACAUUCCUUCAGUUUCCUUCAGUGUUUUAUUCCUCAGUAACAGGUUACAUCAGAUUCAGUGUGUGUGUGUGUGUGUGUGAGAGAGAGAGAGAGAGAGAGAGAGAGAGAGAGAGACUGUGUGUGUGUGUGUGUGUGUGAGAGAGAGAGAGAGAGAGAGAGAGAGAGAGAGAGAGAGAGAGAGAGAGAGACUGUGUGUGUGUGUGUGUGUGUGUGAGAGAGAGAGAGAGAGAGAGAGAGACUGUGUGUGUGUGUGUGUGUGUGUGUGUGUGUGAGAGAGAGAGAGAGAGAGACUGUGUGUGUUUGGAAUGAGAACAUGAUUAAAGACAUUGUCUGCAGUUUAGUUCAAUUCUUGUUCAUUUGUAUGUUUUUUCAAAUACAGUUCAUUUCAAA